GUGUAUUUUAUGUGACCUUUCUGUUAUCUAUGAUGUAUAUUUCUUGUGUGUCUGAUCUUUUCAAAUGCCCUGCUAUGCGUUAAUGUGCAUCGUUGCCGCGUUCAUGAUUAUUUGUGGAAGAAAUAAGGCACAUGCGAUAAGUUUCCAGCCAGUCCCUCCCUUCAGUGGUAAUUUUCUCCAAGAAGUUGCUGAUUUUGAUAGUAUAGUUGAACCAGAAUCCAAUCAGGAAUCUGCCCCUAAUGUCAUUAAAAUCAGAAAUAGUAUGAGUGACGAAGACAAACGAUCAAGUGACAAAAGUGAAGAAAUACCUUAUCAAAACCAUCCAUAUUACGCAGAAAACAAUGACGAAAAAAGUUUUGCCGACGUUGAUAAAAUUAAAAGAGAGUUGGGUCAAAUGGGCACGGUUUUUGUCAAUAAAUUUUUUGACAGUGAUAGUGACCCAGAACGCGAAGAAAGAAGUUUUAAGGUAAUUGAAGAAAGACCAUUUUCUGACGAACCAAAAGAGGAUGAGAACGAAAAUGAGGACUCUCCAGAGGAAGCAUUACGCAAAGAUAAAGAUUUUCAAGAAGAGCAAUUGAAAGCAAAAAAUCUUACCAACACCAGCAGACUACUUUUCGACGAAAUUGAGAACGGAAAAGCAAAUGGUAAUGGGGAGGAAGAUGAGGCAUGUUGUGAAAAUGAAGCAGAAAAAGGACAAGUAAAAGAAUUAGUUGCACCAGCCCACCAAAAGGGCAAACCCGGAAAUCCCGAUCUCUUAGAAAUGCAUUUUUAUAAAUAUUUGCCUGAAACUGGAAAAGUUAAAAUCGCACCUGAAGACAAAAAAUCAGUGUUGAUAAAUUUGUACCCAGAAGAUAAAACAAACAAAAAGGGAUUUCAAAUUCCGGAAAAAUAUGACUAUAUUGCUCUUUUAUCGAAAGACAACAAAUUUGUACAGGUUCCUGCUGUGAAAUUUACAGUAGUGCCAGGGGAAAGUGCAAACAGACGAAGAAGAAGUGAUCAAUUUGAGCCGUUUUAUAUUUCUAGAUACAGAAAAUAUCCUCAAUCCCUUAAAUUUCAACCGCCUGACAACCUAUACCACACUGCUUUUAAAGGAGUAUGUCCUUCACACUGGAGUCACGUACCUAUACUCUUUAUCAACACUAUACCUGGUCUACAAAGACGAUUUGGUAACAAAGUAUACAAAAGGUCCUCAGAUAUGGAUCUUGCCGACAAUAAAUACCUUCGCGAAGCGAAUUUGUUAAUUCAGAAUGUCAAUACGUCUUUAAGGAUGGGUUUAACUGAUAAUAAGAAACCCAUGUCUGUCGAUGCUGGUGUUUUGGUUAAUCCGAAAUAUGAAAGUUCAACGAACCAAAGAUCUAAACUCUAUGACAAAAAAUCAUUCAAAAAAGAAGUCAAUGAUGAAUUUGAUAAUAGUAGAAAUAAUUUGGAAUCAGAAUUAUCUACCAACGAUUUAUCACUGUCGUCAGCAAAAGAAAAUAAUUUGGUGAAUAACAACGAAAUGGAUAUAAACAAAGGCGAGAACUUAGUAAGAAAUGAAAUUACUUCUAUAGAUUCCUCAUCACAUAAAGAGAAUAGUGAAGAUAAUGCUGCACUUAGUAAAAAUGAAAUAAACCUUGUAACCACGCUACCAAACAGAGACGAUAGUUUGAUCAAAAAUAUUAUCAAUCCUCUAGAAAUUGAUAAAGCAAACAUGUUACAAAAAACUGACGUUAAUCCAGCAGAAAUUAUACAAAAUAAAGACGACAGUCUGACGAAGAGUGAAUUAAGCUCUUUAGAUGUUCUAACUAACAAUGUCAACAGUUUGAUUGACAGCGAGAUAGGUUCUUUAAAUUUCAAAGACAACGGUUUAGCUAAAAGUGAAAUAAACUCUUUAGAUAUUUCACCAAGUAAAGAUAACAAUUUGAUUAAAGACGAACUUAAUUCUUUAGAUUUUACAUCAAAUAAAGACAGUAGUUUAAUAAAAAACGACAUCGGUACCAUUGAUUUUCCCUCCAGCAAAGACAACACUUUGAUAAAAAGUGAAGUUGGUUCCCUGGACGUUUCGUCGAACAACGAUCCUAGUCCAAUUAAAAGUGAGAUCAAUCCUUUAAACAAUUUGAUCAAAAGUGAGGUUAGUCCAAUGGAUAUGUCAUCGAACAACGAUCCCAGUGCCAUUAAAAAUGAGAUCAAUCCCUUAAAUAAAGGCCUGAGUAGAAAUGAGAUCCAACCUUUAGACAAAAGUUUAGUUAAAAGUGAUAUUAGUCUUGUCGACAAAGAUUUAGUCAAAAAUGAUAUUAGUCUUGUCGACAAAGGUUUACUAAAAAAUGAUGUCAGCUUUGCCGGUAAAGGUUUGGUCAGAAAUGAUGUUAGUCUUGUAGACAACGGUUUAAUAAAAAAUGAGGUUAGUUCAUUAGAAGGAUCAAGUAAGGUCAACAGUUUUAUAAAAAAUGAAAUUAGCCCUUCGGAAGUUUCUGAAAACAAAGAUAGUAAUUUAAUUAAAAGUGAAGUUAGUACUUUGGAGCUCACACCACAUAAGAGUGAUAGUUUUGUAAAAAACGAAAUUAGUCCUAUGGAAGUGGCGCCGGGUAAAAUAGAUACAUUUGUGAACAACGGGUUCAAUCCUAUGGAAAUAACACCACAAAAAUCAAACGGUUUAGUAAAUAAUAUUAACAAUCCAAUGAAUGUUGGAAGAAGCAGUAAAAACAGGUUUGUGAAAAGUGAAGUUAGUCCAGUGGAAAAUACAUUCAAGGCAAAAAAUUUGAUAAAGAAUGAUAUUUCAUCAUUAGAAAUAGGAUCUAAUAAAGAUAGUGGGGAAGAUGUUGUGGGAAACAAUGAAAUAGACAAAGCCAUGGAAUUGGUUACCAACAAUGACGGGCUGUCAGAUCCAUUUGUUAAGAAUGAGAUUAAUCCUGUCUAUGUACCAAAUGAUAACCCAUACUUAGAUAAUAUGCUAGACAAUAAAGUUAAUGAUUUGUCUGAGAAUGUGAUGAACAGUGAUAAUCAUAACGCGGAACAAUCCGAAAAUGUAGUACAAAAUAAGAAUGAACAAAAUUCAAACAAUAUGAUUAACAAACAAGACAUGAUGUCAAGUGCCUACUUAAUUGAUCUUCUUAAAAACGUCGACAUGCUGAAAAAAUCGGAUCCCAAUUUUAAAUUUAUCUCCCAAAAUAAAGAGAAAAAUAUGAAUCGUUUGAUCGAUGAGCCAGAAAAAGAAGGGGGAAGCAGCACCUGUGAAUUUCCAGAUUUUGCGAUGACCACAACUUCAACAACUGCACUGGAAAUUGGUCUAACACCUGCUCAGGUGGACCAAGAGUCAAAAGUACCUGAUGAAUCAAACGUCAACAAUCCUGCACCUGCUAGUGUCAUUCCUAAUAUUCCACUUUCAACACACCAUGUGAAUGAAUUACCCGAAAAUGGCUUAAGUACUCCACUUCCAAAGGCGCCUGUACCUUCCCAUGCUCCUUCCGAUAUGAAUAACACAAAUGGAGUGGUAAUAAAUGAAUCAACGUCAAAAGGAAAUGUGUCUGCACAAAAUCAGUUAGCCGCAAAUGAAACAAUGUAUGAGGAUGAAAAUGAUGUCGGUAAUAUUCUGGACUUAUUAGGAAGUAACACAACUAUUUGCACCACAGUUGGUACUACGGAAGGAAAGGGAGGUAAAGGAACCUCGUCAACCACUUCUGCAACAACAGGUCAUAUAAGUACCGUAGUUUACGAAAAAACCACUUGUGGUAAGAGUACAACCCAAGCCGCUCCUAGCACAACACUAAGUUUAGUAGCCAAAGGCAAAAGUGCUUUAUUAAAUCAAUUACACAAUCUACAAAAAGACCUGAAACUAGUUUUUGAAGUACAGAAUAUACUCAGCGGAUCCAAAAAACAACAAGAAAAAAAGAACAAGAGACGUAAAAGAGAAAUAUUUCAAAAAUACAGACUAAGAAGAAAAUGCAAGAAUUCGAAAAAUAAAAGUCAACUUCAAACUGCAUCGAAACUAAAUCCUAUACAGGAAGUUCAGGCCUUGGGAAAAAUUUUACAGUGGAAAGCAAAAAAUGAAGGCGAAACGACUACCAACUGCAAACGAACAAAACGAUUCUUAUUUAAGAAACGGCGCAAGAAGAAAAGGAAGAAGAAAAAGAAGAAGAAGAAGAGGAAGAAGAAGAAGAAGUGGUGGAAGCGUGUAUUCGGCCACCCUGCGGACCAACGACAUUUUUUAGGCACGCUCUCUCAAAAUUUCCUUUGAC